AUGGAUGUAUCAAAGCUCAAAAAUGCCGAGAAGAUUGAUAAUGCUUAUGUACAGUCGACACGUGUGCGUGCUGGACGUAAUAUUCGUGGUCUCAGUUUGCCGCCUGGAACGACGCGUUCGGAACGUUUGGAGGUGGAAAAUCUUAUUGCAACGGGACUGUCGACCUUAACGGAUGAACUGAAAGGGAAAUACCAUCCGUUGAGCAGCAUGACGAAAGAAGAGGAAGAUCAACUUCAGAAAGAUCAUUUUCUCUUUCAAAAACCCGGUGGUGGUACUUUGCUUACAGGUGCUGGUGCUGCACGUGACUGGCCAAGUGGACGUGGAAUUUACCACAAUGAUCAAAAGACGUUUUUAGUCUGGUGUAACGAAGAAGAUCACAUGCGUGUUAUUUCAAUGCAGAGUGAUGGAAACAUCGUUGAAGUCUUCGCUCGAUGGGUGAAAGCCGUUGAAGCUGUAGAGGCUAGUAUUAAAGCAAAUGGAUACAGCUUCAUGCACAAUGAACAUCUUGGUUUUCUCGGUACGUGCCCAUCGAACUUGGGUACGGGAUUGCGUGCGAGUAUGUUUGUCAAACUUGAGAAAUUGGGCGCUGAUCCGCACGCUCUUGAAGCAGUUUGCACACCUCUUGGCCUGCAACCAAGAGGCUCUGCUGGUGAACAUUCGGCUGCUGUUGGUGGCAUGUGGGAUAUCUCGAACAAGGCUCGAAUCGGCAAGUCGGAGGUGGAGCUUGUGCAGACUAUGAUCGAUGGAGUUGGAAAGCUCAUUGAGCUGGAAAAAGAAUUGGAAAAUGGCAAAAGUUACGCGGACGUGCUGGCAUCUGUAGGAGUCACUCAUGUAGACCAAUCACUAAUAAAGGAAUGA